CAAUCCAGCCAGGUCUUCCCAGAGCUGAAACCUGGGCCCCUCUCACCCCUUCAGGAGCCCCCCCCCCCCCCCACCAGGGCCCUCCGAUGCCAAGUAGCUGGAACUGCCAGGGAGGGGAAGCGGGGGAGGCAGAGGACAAAGCUGGAGGAGGCAUAGGUGGACAGUAGGAAGGACCUGGCCCAUGCUCUGCCAGGCUUGCCGCUCCCGUCCCUGUCUCCCUACCCCCAUCUGUGUACCCAGGAGGCUGGCCUGGGUGGUCGCUCCUGAUAGGAAUGGACAAGAGCAAGGGACCCUCAGACUCCAGAACCCCCUAGCUAGGGGUCCCCUUGCUGGAGAGGGACUUUUUCCACCACAGGGACCCCGCGCGGAGCCUGGAGCAGGGGCCAGAGGGGCCAGAAACGCCCAUCCAGGUGGUACUGAGGUAGGUAUAGGUUGGUUGGGCGGGAGCGAGGAGCGAGGGCGAUCGAGGACGGGGCCGAUGGCGUCAUCGGGAUGGACCUCUGCCUUCCCACCGGACCCCAGAGUGCGUCCCAUGAGCGCGGCGGAGCUGCGUCGAGGGGAACAGAGCGCGCUGCACUGCUCGGGGACCCGGACUCUGCAAGUGAGCCCCCCCGGCGGCGGCCCCGACGUGGCGUUCCGCUUCGGCGCCGUGCUGGACGGGGCGCGCACGCAGGAGGACGUGUUCCGGGCGUGCGGCGUGCGGCGUCUGGGCGAGCUGGCGCUGCGCGGCUUCUCCUGCACUGUCUUCACCUUCGGCCAGACCGGCUCCGGGAAGACCUACACCCUGACCGGGCCUCCUCCGCAGGGCGAGGGGGUGCCCGUACCCCCCAACCUAGCCGGCAUCAUGCAGAGGACCUUCGCUUGGCUGUUAAACCGGGUGCGGCACCUGGGAGCCCCUGUCACCCUCCGCGCCUCCUAUUUGGAGAUCUACAAUGAGCAGGUUCGAGACCUACUGAGCCUGGGAGCUCCCCGGCCUCUCCCUGUUCGCUGGAACAAGACCCAGGGCUUCUAUGUGGAGCAGCUGCGAGUGGUGGAGUUCGGGAGUCUGGGGGCCCUGAUGGAACUGAUGCAAAUGGGUCUUAGCCGUCGACGGAGCUCAGCUCACAGCCUGAACCAGGCCUCCAGCCGAAGCCAUGCCCUGCUCACGCUCUACAUCAGCCGCCAAACCAUGCCUCCAGUGGACCCUGGGGAGCCCCCCGUUGGUGGGAAGCUGUGCUUUGUAGACCUGGCCGGCAGUGAGAAGGUGGCGGCCACAGGAUCCCGUGGGGAGCUGAUGCUUGAGGCCAACAGCAUCAAUCGCAGCCUGCUGGCCCUGGGUCACUGCAUCUCCCUGUUACUGGACCCACAGCGGAAGCAGAGCCACAUCCCCUUCCGGGACAGCAAGCUCACCAAGCUGCUGGCAGACUCGCUGGGGGGACACGGGGUCACCCUCAUGGUGGCCUGCGUGUCCCCUUCAGUCCAGUGCCUUCCCGAGACUCUCAGCACCCUGCGAUAUGCAAGCCGAGCUCAGCGGGUCACCACUCGGCCACAGGCCCCCAAGUCACCUAUGGCAAAGCAACCCCAGCGUUUGGAGAUGGAGAUACUGCAGCUCCAGGAGGAGAACCGCUGCCUGCGGUCCCAACUGGGCCAAGUACACCCCAAGGCCUCAGGGCUCAGUGGGGCCCGGGUGGCCUGGGCCCAGCGGAACCUCUAUGGGAUGCUGCAGGAGUUCAUGCUGGAGAAUGAGAGGCUCCGGAAAGAAAAGAGCCAGCUGCAGAGUAGCCGGGACCAGGCCCGGGAUGAGCAGCGGGUCCUGGCCCAGCAGGUGCACGAGCUGGAGCGGCGCCUCCUCUGUGCCUGCUCCCUUCACCUGCCAAACCCCGGCCCAGCCCCACCGUGUCCCUGUGUGAUGGCACCAGCUCGCCCCUGCCACGCCCUGCCGCCCCUCUGCUCCUGCCCCUGCUGUCACCUGUGCCCCUUGUGCCGAGCACCGUUGGCCCACUGGGCCUGCCCACACAGGGGGCUCCAGCUGCCACAGGUGUUUGGCCCUAAGACCCCAGGUGGCCUGGCUCUGUCUGCCCAGCCUCCACCCUGGGCACCCCCAUGCAAUCCUGACUCUGCCGAGUUCCCGAGAGAGAGGAGUCAUAGCGACUGGACUAGGACCCGAGUCCUGGCGGAGAUGUUGAUGCGAGAGGAGGUGGUGCCCUCUGCACCGCCCCUGCCCAUGGGGCCUCCAGACGCGUCACCAGUGCUGAGAGGUGGGGCUGCAGUUCCAAACCUGGCCCGGAGACUGGAGGCCCUCAGAGACCAGAUUGGCAGCUCCCUGCGACGCGGCCGGAGCCAGCCACCCCCCAGCGAGGGUACACGGAGCCCCAGCCGAGUCCUCCCUCCCUGCUGAGGGCAGAACACACCUCAGAGACCCCCGGGUGACCCUGGUCUGGGCUCUGCGCUCCUGGGUUUCAACCUCCCCAUCUGUGAAAUGGGAACAAUGGCUGACGCUUCCCUCUGCGACUGAGCUGGGCAGGGGAGAAAUCCUCAGGGCUGUGGGUGGGGCUGUGGGGCAGUUUGGGGGAGCAAGGGGAGGGUGCCACCCCAGACUGUGAGAAAUGUGACUGGAUCUUCGAGAAACCAGGUUGCAGGUGGUGAAAUAGACGAAUAAAGAGAGGUGUCCACUCCAA